UUUAUAAGUUGAGUUUUACUCUCUAAAUGCAACGGUAAGGUAGUUAUGCGUCACAAACUUUUGUGUUUUACAAAGUGAGAGAGGAGGAGAAGCUGCCGGCGGAGCGGCGUGCCGAGCGGAUCCGCUUCCUGCUUCUGUUUGACGGCUGUGAGUGUGACAGCAGUGAAGUACUGCCAUGUAGCCGAGGCAGAAGAAUGAGCGAUCAGCACACUCCAACAGAUGGGACAGAUGACCACACUGUCCAGCAGGAAAACGAACUAGAAGCCCUCGCGUCAAUCUUCGGAGAUGAUUUCCUGGAUCUGCGGAACAACGAUCCAUGGAGGGUUAAAAGACCUCCAGAGGUGUACCUCUGCUUGCGACCCAGUGGGCUGAACACCGGGGAGGAAUGCUACGUGACCGUCGACCUGCAGGUCAAAUGCUCUCCCACAUAUCCAGAUGUGCCUCCAGAGCUGGAGCUGAAAAAUGCCAAAGGCUUGUCAAACGAAGCCCUCCAGAACCUGCAGACUGAACUCACCAAACUUGCAGCAGUACGAUGUGGAGAGGUGAUGAUUUAUGAGCUGGCCGACCACAUCCAGGGCUUCUUGAGUGAACACAACAAGCCUCCGCCGAGCUCCUUCCAUGAGGAGAUGCUGAAGAACCAGCGGAGGCAGCAGGAGAAACGAGACCAGGAGGAGCAGCAGAGGAUGGACCAGAGGCGCAGGCAGGAGGAGGAGAUGGAAAAAGAGAUCAUAGCUGAAAUCCAAAGAAGAGAGGAGGAGAAACGAGAGGAAAAGCGAAGGAAGGAGAUAGCCAAACAGGAGCGCCUUGAGAGUAUGGAGCAGCCAGUCUCUGCUAACUUGUUAGGGAAGAGCCCGCCCAGCCCGAGUGGAGUUCCUCCUGAAUUGACUGAAGCCAGGAAAAUGGUUGCUAAUCGGCGUCGGACUACCUCCAACUCACGCCACAAGCGUGAUACGGUCAAUGAAGAGAACCAGCGCGCGCAGGAGCUUCUUCACUUCAACAGCAGCACUUUUGGAGAACUUGUCGUGCACAGAGGGAAGCUUUUAGGUGAAAGCCAGAGGCUCCGCCGAAGCGUUUAUAACGGAUUUGAGGCGAACUCUGGAGACUUUGCCGUGAUCUACGAGUGGUCGCUGCGCUGGAACAGGAAGAUGGGCAAGUUCUACACCAGCCAGGAGAAAGGAAGGAUUGACAACUGCAAGAAGCAGAUUCAUGCAGCAGAAAACGAGUUCAACUCGCUCCUGCGGCUGGAUCACCCAAACCUGGUUCACUACAUGGCUCUGAGCUCCACAGAGAAGGAGGACUGCCUGGUGGUAAACAUGUUGGUGGAGCACAUGGCUGGCACCAACCUGAACCAGAGCCUGAUCGCUCAGAGUCCUGUUCCUCUGGAUAAACUGGUCCAGUACACGGCCCAGCUUCUGGCCGCCCUCGACUACCUCCACUCUAACUCUGUGGUUCACAAACAGCUGGGCGCCUCCAGCGUGCUGCUGGACUCCGAGGGAAACGUUCGAUUGACGGAUUACAGUCUAUCAAAGAGGUUCGCUGACAUGUGCAAAGAAGACAUUUUCGAGCAGGCACACGUGCGAUUCUCAGAGGACACAGCUAUGCCGACCAAAACGGGAAAGAAAGGGGACGUGUGGAACUUGGGGCUGAUGCUGCUGGCUCUGAGUCAGGGUAAGGAGGUGAAGGAGUAUCCAGUGACGGUGCCCACCAGCCUGCCUGCAGACUUCCAGGACUUCCUCCACAAGUGUGUGUGUCUGAUUGACGCUGAACGCUGGACAACACAGCAGCUGUUGGAACACUCCUUCCUCAAGCCCCCGUCACCUAAAAACCUGCCGCAGUACCAGGAUAACAGCCCAGAAGAUCUGGCUGAAGACUUUGCGUCUUCAGUCAUCCCACAGAGUCACAUCCUCAACGCUCCCUUCAUCGCCGGGGUGCAGAGGCAGUUUUCUCGCUACUUCGAUGAGUUUGAGGAGCUCCAGCAUCUUGGAAAAGGAGCUUUCGGUGCUGUGAUUAAGGUCCAGAAUAAACUCGACGGAUGUUACUAUGCUGUGAAGCGCAUCCAGGUCAACCCUGCCAGCAAACAGUUCAGGCGGAUCAAAGGCGAGGUGACGCUGCUCUCGCGCCUAAACCAUGAGAAUAUCGUCCGCUACUACAAUGCGUGGAUCGAGCGGCACGAGACGCACGAGGCGCAGUCCGGGGGAGACUUGAGCAACACCACUGACAGCUCUGUGCAGUGGAGCCCCGCCCACAAAUCUCCUCGGCAUAAAGAGUGUGCGCGGCACAUCAACGAGCUCGGCCUGCCUGAUGACGUGGAGGACAUUGCCCCGCCUCCUGCCCUGUCCAGCUCGGUGGAAUGGUCCACCUCCAUAGAGAGGUCCUCCAGCGCCAAAUGUAGCAGACACCAGUCUAGCGAUGAAGAGGAUGAUGAUGAUGAUGAGGAAGAUGUGUUUGGGGCCUCAUUUUUGCCAUCAGACAGUGAUUCAGGAAGUGACAUCAUCUUUGACAAUGGCGAUGAAAGCACAGAUGAUUUGUCAGAGGUUGAGCCGAGCAAAAGACAGACAACUGAAACAGACACCACAGAGUCGGAUGGAUCUCUGCUCAUCGCACAUCACCUGUACAUACAAAUGGAAUACUGUGAAAAAAGCACGUUAAGAGACACCAUUGAUCAAGGUCUGCACCAGGAUCAAAAUCGUUUGUGGAGACUUUUCAGGGAGAUACUGGACGGCAUUGCUUACAUCCACGAGCAGGGAAUGAUCCACAGGGACCUGAAGCCUGUCAACAUUUUCCUUGACUCACAGGACCAUGUGAAGAUCGGAGACUUUGGCCUAGCUACAGACCACCCUGCUAAUGUGGCUGCAGGUAAAUUUGAGGUGGAGGAGAGCGGCUCAGCAGUGAUGCCCAAACCAGACCCUGCAGGUAACAUGACAGGCAUGGUUGGCACUGCCCUCUAUGUAAGUCCGGAGGUUCAAGGAAACACCAAAGCUACCUACAACCAAAAAGUUGACCUGUUCAGCCUGGGGAUCAUCCUGUUUGAGAUGUCCUACCACCCCAUGACAACGGGGGCAGAGCGUAUUUCUGUCCUGAGCCAGCUUCGUGUGGAGCCGACCAUCUUCCCGGAGAACUAUACUGCGUAUGAGCAAGGAACACAGAGAAAAGUGAUCCAGUGGCUGUUGAACCACGACCCUGCACUGCGGCCCACUGCCCAGGAGCUGCUGAAGAGUGAACUGCUACCUCCACCUCAGCUGGAGGAUUCGGAGCUGCACGAGGUGCUGCACCACACGAUGGCCAAUAUCAAUGGCAAAGCGUACCGCACCAUGGUGGGGCAGUUGUUUGCUCAGAACCCCUCUCCUGUCAUGGACUACACCUACGACAUUGACCUACACAAGGGCAGCUUCAGCUUCAACGGUGCCAAAUUGCAGCAGUAUGUGCAUGAAACAAUCACCAGGAUCUUCAAGAAGCACGGUGCGGUGCGUCUCCAGACACCGCUGCUCCUCCCCAGGAACAGAAAGCUGUAUGACAGCAGCGAGCCGGCGUGCUUCAUGGACCACAGCGGAAUGCUGGUUACUUUGCCCUAUGACCUUCGCAUGGCGUUUGCAAGAUUCAUCGCUCGCAACAAUAUAACCAAUCUGAAGAGGUAUAGCAUUGAACGUGUAUUCCGGCCCAGGAAGCUAGAUCGAGCGCACCCGCGGGAGCUUCUGGAGUGUGCCUUUGACAUCAUCACACCCGUCACUAACAGCCUCCUACCUGACGCCGAGACCAUUUACACCAUCUCUGAAAUAGUCCAGGAAUUCCCCGCACUCCAGGAAAGGAACUAUAACAUUUACCUGAAUCACACCAGCUUGUUGAAGGCCAUCCUGCUCCACAGUGGAGUCCCAGAGGAUAAACUGAGCCAGGCCUCCAACAUACUGUGUGACGCCAUGAGUGAAAAGCUGACCAAACGAGAGGUGGAGGCAAAGUUCUGCAACUUCUCACUGUCAACCAACAGCUUGCAGACACUGUACAAGUACAUAGAACAGAAGGGGGACCUGCAGGGCUUGGCGCCACUGCUGACAUCACUCACCAAACAGAAGACCGCUGUCACCCAGCUGGCAAAGCAGGGCCUCAAGGACCUAGAGGAGCUCACCAUGCUGCUGCGGAGACUGGGAGUGAAACUGCAGGUGGUGGUCAACUUAGGCUUAGUUUACAAGGUACAGCAUCACUCCGGGGUCAUCUUCCAAUUUGUGGCUUUCAUCAGAAAACGAAAGCGAAUCGUACCUGAUAUAGUGGCCGCUGGAGGACGCUACGAUCACCUGAUCCUGGAGUUUCGAGGGCCAGCUUCCACAGUGCCUGUGCCCUCUGCGGUGGGAGCCAGCGUGGCCCUGGACAAAGUGUGUGCUGCUAUCGCCAACAUGGAGGAGCCACCAUCAGUGAGCUCCUGUGAUGCGCUGGUGGUGCCCGUGGGGCAUUCUUCGAUGUCCAGAGCCAUCAACGUGGUCCAGAAGUUGUGGAGCGCCGGCGUCCCUGCAGACAUCAACUACGAUGUCUCACAGUCUCAGGAGACACUGUUGGAACAGUGCAGGCUUGGCGGCAUCAGCUUCAUGGUUCUGGUCUCUGACAAGGAGGGAAACUACAUGAAGGUCAAAUCCUUUGAGAAGGACAGACAGUCCGAGAAAAGAAUUCCCGAGUCGGACUUGGUGGACCAAAUCGUUCAGAAAUGUCGGACCAAAUUCUUUGAGGACAGAAACAUCAGAGAAAUGUCUGAAGGCAUGUCUCUUCAGAACCCCAAAGGAUCGCUGCUCAGCACCACAGGUUCCUCAGAACAGCACGGGAGCAGCAGCACGAACAUGAAUGUUAACGUCAUCAGCCCGGAAAAAGUUUCCGCCAGUGCCAGACGACGCUACGAGAUUCAGAUCCAAACCAGAUUACAGUAUCUUGGUAGCAAUUUGCAGAACAAGAGCAAUGACAUUGAGGUCCUGGCAGUGGACCUGCAGAAGGAAACUCUGGUCAACUUCCUGUCCCUCGAGUUUGACAGUGAAGAGCAGUUUAACAGCAGCGUGAAGACCCUGCUGUCUCGUCUCCCCAAGCAGCGCUACCUGAAGUCCAUCUGCGAUGAGAUCCACAAUUUAAAAAUGGCAAAAAGGAUGGCUGUGGUGGUCUUGUACAGCUACAAGGACGACUAUUACAAGAUCCUUAUAUGAAAACCAAGUGGGGGUUCCAACCUACCUGCCUGGGAGAUGUGCCGUUUUUGCUUCUAAACUCAGGAGAUUUCUCGAGACUUAUUUUUCAUCCUUGGACCACAGGAAUGUACUUGAACAUUGACAGAUUCAUACCUUUUUGAAUAUGAAGAGUCGGCACUAAACUCUAAAACUUUCCCCAAACUUUCCAGUGUUGUGUCUUUCUCAAACAAAGUGGGACAAAAUAUUCACGGGACUUGAUUGCCUUAAUACAAUGGAAGAAUUUAACGUGAAAUGGCUUUUUAGUGAAGAUUAUGUGUCAUAAAUUCAACUAUUUUAUAUUUCUACUCAGCAAAAAUAUGAAUGGUAGAAAUAAAUUACGUUUUUUCCCACAUGGA